GUAUUCCAACGAGGGAGUGAACUCAAUAGCGUUAAUUGCGUAAUUUAGCACGACCUCGCCCAGAAGUUGUCAAACGGGAGUAUUACUAGUUUGUAUACGCUCAAAGGAAAAGAUAAAAGGAAUAAGAAGCUGUACUGACAUUUCAAUAGCAGCUGGGUAGAUUAUGCCUGGUAUCACCCCGCGGGAUAUGAAUGGGUAUGAUUAUGAUCGUGGACCAAGAGGACCUGUAAUGGCUAAUGGAUAUGACCCUUACAGAGACGAGUAUCAGAGGGAGGACCCAUAUCGAAGAGAUGAUGAAGAUAUUUACCGUGGGCAGGGUCGACUUGGACGAUUUGGAGGUGAUUACAUGGAUCAGAGUAGUGUUGCGGAUAUGAGGAAUUCUGGGGAACCAACUUUUGAGUUGGAUCAUCUAGCAACUUUUGCUGCAGCCACAAGAGAAGGUUAUAUACAACCUGAAGAUGGAUUACGUAAAUUGCGACAAAUGGAAAACACUACUGGAAUCUGGACUAUGAGAUGUCAGUUGACUAUUGAAAGAAGAUAUCUAGUUAUUUUGGACAACCAGACAGGGGAACAGCUAGAGAAAUUUCCAAUCCAGUCAGUACAUUCCCCUACAGCUAUAUUCAACAAAGACAGACGAGAAAUAUACAACAAUCUCGUAUUAUUUACUGUUGGUGAAGAUCCCAAAAAACGUACCCAAGCUGAUAUGCACAUAUUUCAAAGUGUUGAUACUGCUGCACAAAAUAUAGUGGAUGAAAUAUUAGUAGCUCAAAAGGGAGGUCAAAGAGGUUCAUAUCAAAGUCACAAAAUACAGCAGCCACCUAUACAUCCCCAACCCUCCAGUAGAGACAUGUAUGAAUUCAAUGGUAUGAAGGAAUUUUUAAAUACACAACAACAAAGUAGCCGCUUAUUUGGCGGUGGUCCAUCAAGGGCUAUGAUGGUAAACCGUUCUUACAGAGAGGAAUUUGAACCAGGUCAAAAUGAAGUAUUGGAAAGAGAUGUUCAAUUAUUAAAUCACUGUUUUGAUGACAUAGAAAAAUUUGUGUCAAGGUUACAGCAAGCAGCGGAAUCAUAUAAAGAAUUAGAAAAAAGAAAAAAAGAGAGAAACAGUAAAGAUAAAAGACGUAUGGCAGGAGAAGGAAUUAUGGGUUUCCGUGCACGACCACCACCAAGUUCAGACUUCACAGAUAUCUUCCAAAAAUUCAAAUUAUCAUUUAAUUUACUGGCUAAACUAAAAGCACAUAUACACGAUCCCAACGCUCCAGAAUUGGUCCACUUUUUAUUCACACCCCUCAGUCUUAUAUAUGAAGCUAGCCGUGAUCCAGUACAUGGUAAUCAGAAUCUAGCAGAGGGUGCCAUUGCUCCUAUACUUACAUCUGACGCUAAACAGCUGUUAGUAAAUUGUCUUACAUCUAAAGAAAUAGAAUUAUGGAGAGCUUUAGGUUCUACAUGGACAACUAGCAGAGAUGAAUGGAAAGGCUAUGUACCAAAUUACACACCAAGAUUUUAUGAUGGGUGGCAACCAGCACCAGGACCCAUGGAGAAUGGAUUUAGAAACCAUCCAGACUUAGAAUCAGCAGCCUUAGCUCAAGCAGCCCAAGCGAGAAGUCGUUAUGAAGAGGAACAAGCAAGGUCUUUUGUUUCUGAACGAGUUGUUCCAUUCCCUCCAGAAGAAGACAGAGGUGUAAGAUAUGGUCGUUUAGGUGAUUACCAGCGAAGGGAUUUUGAUCGACCUAGUCCUCGAGCCCCUACCCCACCUAGACAAGCUAUGGGCAACCCAGCUGUUGCUGGCUAUAGAGAGUAUGUUGAACAACAUAUAGAGAGAAAUAUUCGUGCUCAAGAGAAUCAUAUAAGACCUGAACCAUCAUACCAAGAUGAAAACUCAGCUUAUAUUGCAGAAUUAAAGGCCUCGGGACAUCAAGUAUGCGAGGUGAUACAUGAUAGAGAAGGGAGAAAUAGUAAAGAACUUUCAUUAAGAAAAGGAGACAUUGUUGGUGUAAUUGAUAAUAGCAGAAAUUGGUGGAAAGUAAGAAAUAUUGAGGGAAAAGUUGGAUUUGCUCCGUACACAAUAAUGAAAGAAUUAAAAGAUGAUGAUGAGGCACCUUUAGAAAGACCAUCUAGUGGGAACUAUAACAGCUAUAUUUUAAAUGAAAAUGACCAGCCCCCAGUGUCAGACUUAAGACGCAGUGGUAAGAGAGUUGAUCAAGAUGAUCUGAAUCUUGACUUGAACUAUCUAGAAUCCAGCAUGUCUGAUUCUGGCAGAGAGAAUCGAGAUAAAUAUUACCGAGAUUCUGACAGAGAUGACCGAGAUAAAUAUUACCGAGAUGAUUCUGGCAGAGACGACCGAGAUAAAUAUUAUCGAGAUGAUUCUGGUAGAAAGAACCAAGAUAAAUAUUAUCGUGAUGAAUCACCCAGAGAUAGAGACAAUUAUAGGGAAGAGUCACUUGAAUUAAAAUACAGACCCAAAAAGGUUAAUGCACAUUCUGAUUUGCACUCAUCAAAAAAGCCUGAUAAGUCCUAUGUGUACUCAAAAGUGAAACCUAAAGAUAAAUUUUCCAGUAUUGAUAGAGAAGCUGAACGACCUUCAUAUCAAGGUCAUCGCCGAGGAGACUCCUACAGUCGUGAAACUACAUUGCAUCAAGCACAAUACGCAGAGAGACAAACUGUUGAAGAUGAAGUUUCUGAUUCAAACUAUUUUAACGCCCAAUUAAGACGAGAAAAAGAAAACUGGCAAGACGAUAGACCCGGACGAUCCAGACCACGACCAACAGAUUAUGUUAAUUAUAAUGAAGAAGACAGUGCUAGCCCUUCUCCCCAAUUAUCACCUAGACCAGUUAGAUCUCCUAGAAAUGUUUCUGAUAAUCUGCCUCCACCUCCACCUAAAGCCAAAGUACAUAAUCCGGAACCUGAACGAGCUUUUAAACCUGUUAAUCCCGAUAGACAAAGAGCUACAGAUGAAAUAACUCAUCAGCUACGUCAUGUAUCACCAUCACCACCUAAACCAAACUCUACAAGACCUCUACCAAAUAUACCAGUACGGACUAAAGACGAUGAUCUAAGAGAUGAGUUAAAGUCACAAGUAGGUAAUAGAGGUGAUAAAGUAAGACAGACUAAUUAUGUUAAUUAUAUUAAUCCUGAUUCAUCAGCUAAUCAAGUCAUGGAAUGGUUACAUACAAAGGGAUUUUCUUCAAAUGCUAUUGAAACAUUUACUGGUUAUACAGGAGAAGACAUGUUUAAUUUAAGAAAUGAUGAAAUUAAUAGAUUAGUACACAGAGAGGAUGCUCAUCAUCUAGAAAGUUUACUUCGUGUUCAGAGAAAUAUGUCUGGGUUCGGUGCAGCUAAAGGUGGAGCUGAGUUACAGGCUAUAUUACAAAAACGUAAACAAAAGGCUGAUGUUGGAAGAAAAUCAUCUGGAUUUGGUGAGGCACCAAGUUUUCGACCACAAACUCCUACCCAUAGUGUUGAUGGUAGAUCGGAAACUACAGAAGAUUUAGAUUUUGAAAAUACUGGGAAAACACUUAGAGAUCUUCUUAUACGACAAAGACUUAAAAUAAUGAAGAGUACAUAUAACCAGCCAGAUGAUGAAUAGGUUGUGACGACUGUUGUCUUCUUAAUAUGAAAACAUAUUAUUUCAUGUUUUCUUGAAGAUCAUAAAUUUUACUUUGCUAUCUUUACCAUGCACUUAUGUUUAACACAAUAUUGUUCUAAAUCAAAUUCAAGCAGUAGUUUAAGCAAUAAUUUCAUCCAUUCAAUAUUUCAUAUUUUACAAUUUAUUAUAAUAAAAUAACCGAUAAUCAAAAUAUUAAGUGCAAUGGACAAAUUUAGCAAAAUGUCUCAUUUAUUGAUUUUUGAAUAAUGAUUUUCUUAUUGCAAAGUGCUUUACAAAUACAGAUAUAACACAUAUAUGUGUUAAACAAUAUUAUUAUUAUUAGACUUAUUGCUAAGUGCUUUACAAAUACAAAUACAGAUAUAACAUAUGUUUUUAAAUAGAACUAUCUGUAAGCUUGAUUUGAAGAAGUGAAUGAUACACUUUGACGGUGAAUUUUCUGUAGAUUGCUCUAUGGACAAUAAUAGCUUACUGUCUGUACUGUGUAGCGAACGGAGCAUUAAAAUAAUAAUAAAAUUAUUUUUAUAGUGCCUGUUCCAUGCCGAGGUGUGCUAUAAGCUCUUCUAAUGUCACUCUGUAAUUAUCCUGGCAGCAGUGUAUUGUAUUUUCUGAAUUCUGUUAAUCUGGUAUAGGUAGGCUAUAAAGGACAGAGUUGCAGUUUUCGAGACGAGAGAGCACCAUGUGUUGCACUGCUUGUUUGCUGACUUCAGUUGUCAAAAGAUGGCAGAUAUUGGCUAUACUCUUCAGGUGAAAAUAGCAAACUCGACACAGUUGAUCUAUAUGGUUCUCAAAUGUUAAUGAGGAAUCAAUUAUCACUCCUAGAUCCCGUCAGAUUGUGCAAAAGUUAUACUGGUGUCUCCAAUUAAGAUGCUAAACUGACAGAUUGGCAGAGAUUGACUAUAACAAGAAAAUGUUUCCUUUGUAUAGAAAGGAGCUCUGUCAGAAAAUCAUGCUUUUAAUAUUGUGCUUCUUGAAAAGGAAUUUGAUAUUGUAUUGUGUAUAAUGUAUUUUAAUAUUUAUUACCAGCUCUGGUUAAAUGAGACCUUUCUAUCCCAUACAGGACACAACACCUGUAAAAAAAGAUUGUAUGCUGUUUUUGGUUACAGAGGAGUCUUGUGCUUUUUAUUUCCAUAAUUUCCAAUUGUUGUUUUCAUAAAAUUAUUGAUGCGGUAUGUGCUAGUUUUCCAAGAUAAAUAGGCCCUACUGUAAACCAAUUUAGAAUUCUUUGAAUACAAAAGUAAAAUAUAUUGACAUCUCUAUUUUGAUUAUCCCUCCAUCCUAUGUCCCAUUAUUCGGCACACAGAGAACUAUCUACUCUACUACGGGAAUAGAUCUCUGCCCUUAUUGGCCACCAUAUUCAACAAUUAGUAUACUGUUUUUUAAUGCAGUCCUACUUUGGUUCACAUCUUUUAUACACAAAAAAACUAAUUAAACCUUUUCAAUUCUAUUAAACGAAAGCCGAAUAUAUUUUUAUCAAAAUUCUCGAAAUAUGCUUAAUCUUUUCAACUAAAAUCGUUGGUUUAGGUCUUAAAAUGUCGAUCAACAAGAUAAGUGUCUGUUCUCAAGCGGAGUUAACUGUAGACAGACAUCCUAAGGUUAGUAUGAUGUCCCAUUUAUGCGAGCCGGUCAAUUUGAAGUAUUUAUUAUAAUAUAGAAUUAAUAAUUUUAAAUAUGCUGUGAUAGUGGAAAAAUAUAUUUCAAAAUUUAUAUAUAUAUGUAUAUUUUUAAGGUUAGUCGACCAAAUUACAGAUAUUAUUAAUUUGCAUAUAUGCAACUAAUAUUAUAAUGUAUGGUUGUAAAUUGUUGUCAUCACUGCUGUUAGUUAAAUUUUGUAUUUCUCUGCUGAUGUAUUUAAUUUCUAUACUAUAUAAUAUAAUAAAUUAAAAUAAUAAUUACAGUUAUAAAUUGCAUAAUUUUAAUCAUAUCAUUGUUAUUUGCUUUUUAUGUAUUUUUUCUGUCUAUAGCAUCAGUUUUUCUUUGAAUGCUGAUCAGUCUAUCUAUAACUUUCUAACAUCUGCCAUAAUUAUUAUUACUGUUAUUUCUCUCUGUAAUUCGGGGGUAUGUCAAUUUUUUGCCAGAAUUUAUCGAUGAAAAUUGUAAGCUAAUUAUACCUUAACCCCCAAAAAACUUUUUGGUAUUAUACCCAAAAUUAAAAAUUUGAGGGACAAUAUUGCAAACACCACUGCUGAAUUAGUGCGAAACAGUUACACCAUUAUAUGCUACUUGAAUAUUGUGUAAAUAUAUGAAACAUACAUUUAAAUAUAUAGUGGUUCUGUUUCAAUUCAUUUAGUGCUAAAGUAACUCUGUAUAAAUAUAUAUAUAUAAAGGUAAUAAUAUAACUGCAUAUUAUUUGUGUAAUUAUUACUGGUAUGUAAUUUUAAUUGUUUAUUUUUUCCUGACAUUCAAAACUCAUAUUUUUUGUAUGACUAUAUUAUCUUUGGAUGAUGAUAUUUCUCUCUCAAUCUUUAUUCUUUAAAAUGUCAGUUAACUGAACUCCAAAAAAUUCAUAUAGGUAGCUUUAAGAUUUGGUUUUAAUUUGUCAUGAUAUUGCUAUGUACCAUAAAUAUUAACCUAUUUUGAUUGUUAUCCAAAUUGACAUUUGUUAUCACCAAUUGAUUUUAUAUACUUGUUAAUUACCUUGUGUUAUAAUUAUAAUAAUUAAAAUAAAAUUAAAAUGAUUUUUUAAAAAUC